CUUAUUUGGAUACUACUAGUAAUUUACUUACUAUCUUGGAUCUUCAUAGCACACCAAAUUUAGUGGAGUUAAAAUGUUCCAAUAACCCCAUUUCUAACUUGACUCUAACCCAAUCUUCUAAACUUGUUCUUUUUGAUUGUUUGGGUGUUAGAUUUGGCAAAAAUAAUGUUGCAUCAACUCCCAAUUCCCCUUUUUCUCCUUCAACUUCUCUUUCUCCAACCGUAACAAUCUACUCCAAAGAUCCCACCUCCUUGGAAGCACUAUUGGACUGGGUGUCUACUCGGGAAUAUGCACACUUG